GUUAUUUAACCUGACCUGUCGGUUCGAAUAAUUAAUGAAAGAAAUUUGUUUCCAUUACAAUUGAAAUUUAUGAAAGAAAUGUUUAAAAUUUUCGGAUCUGUAGUGAUAUUUUCAAUUGUAAUAUCAAUUGCUAAUUCCAACGAUGUCCUAGGAUGUGGUGGAUUUGUGAAAAGCCAUGUACAAAUAGAUUUCUCCAAAGUAGAGGUUAAAUUGCUAACAAAACAAGGAAUUUUGAAAGAUAUUACUACUUGCGCUCCAAACAAUGGUUAUUACUUUCUUCCUAUUUAUGAUAAAGGUGAAUACACCAUUCAGUUGAAUCCUCCUCCAGGAUGGAGCUUUAAUCCAAAUUCUGUAGAACUAUUAAUUGAUGGAGCGAAUGACCUUUGUAGCAAAGGAGUUGAUAUUAAUUUUAGUUUCAAAGGCUUUGGUAUUACAGGAAGGGUAGAAAAUUUUGGUGAUGUUUCUAAUGGACCAGAAGGAGUAACAGUAGAAUUAGAGUCUGAAACUGAAGUUCGUAAGACUGAAACUAGUGUAGGUGGAAUAUUCUUUUUCACUCCUGUUUAUCCUGGAUACUAUAAAAUCAAAGUUGACCACCCAAGGUGGAAAUUCUUGAAGGGGAAUCUUCAAGUGAGGGUAACAGAAGGAAACACUGAGUUACCAGCUGGAAGUUUGAUAGUUCAUGGAUAUGGUAUAUCUGGAUUUGCAAAAAGUGAAGGAGAGGCAGUAACAAAUACUACUAUCCUAUUAUUUAGUGAAAAAGAAUCUGUUGAACAUAAUGCUGUAUUUGAAUGUGAUAAGAAUUUGAUAUCAAGUAAAUGGGGUCUUCCCAAAAAACCAAUAUGUGCGGUUAAAACUAAUUCGUUAGGAUGUUUCACAUUCACUUCUGUAGUGGUAGGAAAAUACUAUGUUGAAACUUUUUAUCAAAACAAAAAUAUAGAUGUGGAACCUUCCAAGAUCGAAUUUGUUAUUUCAAAUGGAGAUGUUCAUCUUGAGAAAAGUUUUGAGGUAAUUGGAUUCAGUGUAUCAGGAAGAGUUUUGCGAUCACUUGAUAUUUCCAAACCGGAGGGAUUAUCAAAUGUUGAAAUUUAUGUGAAUGAUAAAUUGUCAACAAAGACUGAUUCCAAUGGAUUUUAUAGAUUGGAAAAGUUGAAAACUGGAGUUUUGAAAAUUAAAGCUAAAGCAGAAAAUGUUUUAUUUGAAGAAGUCACAGUAAAAGUUAGUCCUAAUGUUCAAAACCUUCAAAAUAUUGCACCUUCAGCAUUUAGAGUAUGUGGCAAGGUAGAAAGUACUCAGUCUCACAUAGUCACAAUAGUAAAGAAAGGCUCAACAUUUUUGAAGAAUGUUCAGAGUGAUCCCCAAACUGGUAAAUUUUGUGAAUAUCUGCCAAAAGGUACUUACGAAGUUCAAGUCCAAGUUAAAGACAUAGAUAAAAAAAAAGGAUUGCAAUUCUAUCCAAUAUCUCAAAAUAUAGAGGUAUUCAAGGAAAAUGAUAUCUUACAUUUCUCACAGUUAAGAGCAACUAUAUCUGGAAAGAUACAGUUACAUCAUGCUAAAGAUAACGAAAAUUUCAAAGUCUUUUUGAGCCCUCUACAAAGUUCCAAUCAGAAAACACUUUCUGUUCAAUUAAAAGGACAAAACUACCAAUUCGUAGAUGUAUAUCCCGGUACAUAUAAACUCAGUCUAUCUUCAAAUAGCUUUUGUUGGGUUAAAGACAGCCAUGAUAUUGUUGUAAAUUCUAUUAGUGUAAAUGCUCCGACAUUCAUACAAAGUGGUUACUCUGUUAAGUUCAUUUCCUCUCACAACACUAAGAUGUCUUAUAGACUCCUAGAAAAUUCAAUAAAGGAGGAUAUUGAAGUUGAGAAAGGAGAAUCAACUUAUUGCUUACCUAAGGAUGGCUCUUACUUAUUUGAAUACCUUGGUUGUCAUAAGUACCUCACUGAUACAUUCACAUUCAACACUCAGACAGAUAAUAAAAUCAAAUUAGAUGCUGUAUCUCAUCUGAAUAGCAUAUGCAUCGCAUCACCAGAAGACCAUGGCCCUGUGAUAGCCUCUAUAGAUGUAGAUGAAGAAAAAUUGCAUAAAGGGCCUUUGCCUUAUGAAAAUGGUUGUUACUUAAUAAAUUUACAGCUUGAACCAGAUGCAAAUGCUAUCAUUCUGCCACAAGCUGAAACUUUAUACUUCAAACCUCUAAUUUCUUCCAUAAAAGGGAAAAAUGAUUGUUUCCAGUGGGGUCCAGUUUUUAAAGCAAUUAAGGGCCAUGUUUUCAAGGGAAAAAUCAUACCACCUCUUCCUGGUACAGUGAUAACGUUAGAGGAUGAAAAUGGGGAGACUUCUGUUACAGAGACUGACGGUUCAGGCUUCUAUAAGUUCCCUCCAAUGGAUACAUCAAAAAGUUAUAAAAUAUCCGCCAAAAAAGAAUCUUAUCAACUUGUAGGUCCUUCGGAAAAUGGUGACUUCACUGCUUAUAAACUGGCACAAGUCAUUGUGACUGUGUUUGAUGAAAACAAACUACCAUUACAGGGUACUCUUCUUUCUCUAUCAGGUGGCAUUAGUUAUAGAAGUAACUUACAAACAGACGAGAAUGGUAAAAUUACUUUCGAUUCUUUGAAUCCUAGUGAAUAUUAUUUGAGACCAAUGAUGAAAGAAUACAGUUUUGACCCGUCAUCAAAAAUUAUAAACGUGGCAGAAGGGGAAACUAUUUAUAUCACUUUGACAGGUAAAAGAGUUGCUUAUAGUGUAUUUGGUAUUGUGACAUCGUUGAAUAAUAUCCCUGAACAAAAUUCAGUUAUUGAAGCUGUAGGGGUUGAAAACUGCAGCCAUUUAUCUGAAGAAACAACCACUGAAUCAAAUGGAAGAUUUAGAGUAAGAGGAUUGCAACCGUAUUGCACUUACCAUUUAAGAACAAAAGAUGCAUCAGUAGAGCAGAGCAUUCCUGAAUCCAUCGAAAUGAAGAAUAUUGUGAGUGAUAUAAAUGAUAUACAUCUUAUUGUCCUUCGAUCUAAAAGGCAGACUAAAGUACUAGUGAAAAUCAACACUGAUGUUCCUGAAUAUGCUAAACACCUGAAGCUGAAUGUGUACCUGAAAGGAUCAUCGGCCAAUCCUGUUCAUAGUGCCAAAUUGGAUACAAACAAGUUAUUGCCAGAGUAUAAUACUGGAAUAAUCAUUCACCUUCCACCAUUGGCGAAAGAUGGAAAAACCUAUGUGCUUCAAUUGGAACCAUUUACAAAUCAAAAUAUAAAAUGGGUAGCUCAGAGUGUUUCUUUUGUUGCAGAUUCUACAUUUAAAUCUAUACAAAUGGAGUUUACUGUCAAAUCAAGUAAUACAGACCAACAAAUUAAGCAAACAUCAAUUUGGAGCCUAAUCCUAAUAAUUAGUACUCUACUAAUUGCUUAUAAUGUAGACAUCAUUAUACGGAUUGCAAACGAGAAGUUCAAUUUAAAAUUAAGUUCAUUAACAUCGCUGUUAAAAUUGAAACUUUCUUCUAGUACUGAUUAUCCAGCUAAUGAUAUGGAUAUUGAUCAGAUCGUACAAAAUAUUAAUGCUGUGAAGAAGAAACCUAAACGUAUUUCUUAAAUAAGUUUGUUUAACAUGUAUUUGAAAAAUUUGAUAUACAUGUUUCCUUAGUGAUCAUUACAAGUGAUCAAGACUGAAUUGUAAAGGUUUUUGUUAUUCACAGUAGUACAUUUUCAUUAACAGCAAUGUUGAUCAUUUGAAGUUAUUUAUUUAUGUUUGCACAAUAGUCAUUUAUGAAUGAUUUUGUUGUAUUUGUAAUAUUGUUUCACUUUGAAAGGAUAUUAGUAAAAAUUUUUCUUUA